GUGCACUAAUCGUGCGCCCGCAGGUUCUGAAAAUUUGCGGAGAAACAACCACCGAACCACCAAACAUCUUUCAAGGCAUAUAUAUCCGCAGGAAAUUCGGAUAUAAUGGCAAGUGACGGGCCGUUGGUAUGGAUCGAUUGCGAGAUGACGGGACUCGACCCCGAUCGCGAGGAGAUCAUUGAGAUUUUCUGCAUCAUCACGACUGCCUCGCUUGAGGUCAUGGACGAGAGGGGCUGGGGCGCCGUGGUCCAUCAAUCCAGGGAGAGAAUGGAUAAGAUGGACGACUGGUGCACCAAUACCCACGGCAAGAGCGGACUGACGGCCGCCGUGUUGGCGUCGGAGGUCACUCCAGAGAAGGCGGCCGAUGAACUCCUUGCCUACAUCAAGAAGUAUGUUCCCCGAGAGAGAGUCGCGCUGCUGGCAGGGAACAGUGUACAUGCCGACCGCGCGUUCCUUAGGAAAGAGCCGUACAAGAAGGUGGUGGACUACCUACAGUACCGUAUUUUGGACGUGAGCAGUCUGAAGGAGGCAGCAAGGCGAUGGUGUCCUCCCGAGGUGCUGCAGAAUGCGCCCUCAAAACAGGGAUUACAUCAAGCAAAGGAGGAUAUCCUGGAAAGCAUUGCUGAGGCCAGAUAUUACAAAGACGUGAUAUUUCAGGACGCAUGAGAAAAUAUUGGUGUUGCGUCUCACCGCAUGCAGAUGGAAAGCUUUUGGGAAUAGCGUGAAGCUGCCACAACAUCUAGACCGCUGUGUCGCUGGAAAGUGGCUUCAAUAUGGUGCGCAUGGGUGACAGAAUGUACGCCACCUCAGACAGCUUAAAAUCAGAAGGCUGACAGGGACCAGUUUGGGG